GGUGUGGACACACUGGCGCACACACGUGUUUUUCUUUUCAAGCGUUUUGGUUGCCGCGUGUUAACGGACCCAAUUCACAUUUCGACGAAAGUUGUAUUAAAAAGUGCAAGUACAGCAGCUUAAAAUGGGCAAACCAGGAUUCAGUCCACGCGGUGGUGGCGGCGGCGGCGGCGGAGGAGGCGGUGGCUUCCGUGGUCGUGGCGGCGGCGGAGGCGGUGGCGGCCGUGGUGGCGGCGGCGGAUUCGGUGGAGGAGGCCGUGGCCGCGGAGGCGGUGGAGAUCGCGGCAGUCGUGGUGGCUUUGGAGGCGGCGGCGGCCGUGGAGGCGGAGGGCGUGGUGGCGGCGGCGGUCGCGGUGGCUUCGGAGGACGAGGUGGCGGCGGCGGCCGUGGAGGCGGUGGUCGCGGCGGCGGAGGACGUGGUGGUGGCGCCGGCGGCUUCAAGGGCGGCAAAACCGUCACCAUCGAGGCCCAUCGUCACGAGGGAGUGUUCAUUGCCCGCGGCAAGGAGGACGCCCUGGUCACCAGGAACUUUGUCCCCGGAUCCGAGGUCUACGGCGAGAAGCGCAUCUCCGUCGAGACCAAUGGCGAGAAGAUCGAGUACCGUGUGUGGAACCCCUUCCGCUCCAAGCUGGCUGCCGCCGUGCUGGGUGGCGUUGAGCAGAUUCACAUGCCGCCGGGCUCCAAGGUGCUCUACCUGGGCGCCGCCUCCGGAACGACAGUCUCGCACGUGUCGGAUGUGGUCGGGCCCGAGGGCCUUGUCUACGCCGUGGAGUUCUCACACCGAUCCGGUCGCGACCUGAUCAACGUGGCCAAGAAGCGCACCAACAUCAUACCCAUCAUCGAGGACGCUCGCCAUCCGCACAAGUACCGCAUGCUGGUGGGCAUGGUGGACACGAUCUUCGCCGACGUCGCCCAGCCGGAUCAGGGCCGCAUUGUGGCGCUGAAUGCCCAGCACUUCCUGAAGAACGGCGGCCACUUCGUCAUCUCGAUCAAGGCCUCCUGCAUCGACUCGACGGCGCAGCCGGAGGCGGUAUUCGCUGCCGAGGUGAAGAAGAUGCAGGCGGACAAGCUGAAGCCGCAGGAGCAGCUCACGCUGGAGCCCUACGAGCGAGACCACGCCGUCGUCGUCGGCGUCUACCGACCACCGCCCAAGCAGUAGGACGACCCGCUGCCUGGCUUAGUUUUAAGGCUAUUGUACUAAUACAGACGUGUUGUAUUAAGUUUCUUUUAAAUAUAAAACCAUAGUUGUAAAGAUAAAUCAAAAUGCAAACUAUUUUUGUAGCAGACGUACAAAAUAUACACAGAAACCAAAAGCAAAUGAAA